AUCCACUAGAAACCAAACACCGGAGGAAUGUCCCUUGAGUCUCAAAUAACAGCGCUGACAAGCGCCGUGCAAUCCAACAGGGAAAGCCUUGAUGAUGCCAUUCGGUUCAAAGCCAUCAAAGCUGCCCAGGGUCUACUGGCAGCCUUGGGCUCCCCAGCUGAGACCGUCAUACAGGAUGUCGUCAUGAACUCGGUCCUCCUUAUGGCACUUCGUAUGGGUGUUCAGCUCGGUGCUUUCACGGCAAUCAGGGAUAAUCAAGGCCAUGCGACUACGACACAGCAGAUCGCUAAUAAAUCCGGUGCAAGUGUAGCUCUCGUGGACCAAAUCAUGAGGUUGCUCACAGCUUCUGGUUAUGUGCUCGAAGAAGAUGUCCAGACAUACAAGCCUUCACCCCUCACGAUGGUGAUGGCUGAGCCGACUUUCGAAGCGACGACUAGAGCAUGCUUCGAUAUUGGCAACUUUUACACACCUUUCCAGCUAGCCAUGAACACGGAGCUCAGUUACUUCGAGUGGCUUGGCCACAAUCCCGAGUUAGCAAGAGACUUUCAACAGUGGAUGACUCUCAAGCAGCAGGCAACUCCGAACUGGGUCGACUGGUUCGACAUUAGAGGAUCGAUUCUGGAUGGAUUCAAUAGUUCUGCUGACAGUGUCUUACUCGUUGACGUCGGAGGAGGAGAGGGGCAUUAUCUGCACGCAUUGAAUGAGAAACUCCCGUCUCUCCCAGGGCGCUUGGUCCUGCAGGACUUGCCUCAUGUUGUGUCGAGCAUAGAGAAUCCUCCGAAAGGAACCGAGUUGAUGUCGCAUGAUUUCUUCACUUCGCAGCCAGUGAAAGAUGAGCAAGCCCGCAAGAUCCUCACUCACAUCGUCACAGCCAUGGAGCCUGGUUAUUCUCGCCUCAUAAUCAACGACUAUAUCAUCCCCGAUAGAAACUGCGAUUUUCCCACCGCGUGCAUGAGUAUCAUGAUGAUGGUUCAGGUUGGGGCAUUCGAGUGGUCUGAGAAACAGUGGCGCGAGCUGCUCAACUCUGUCGGACUCAAGGAUCUCAUCUUCCACCAGCCACCUGGUAGUGGUGAAGGCAUCAUUGAAGCUAUCAAGUCAUGA